UGUCGCGGCCUCCAUUCCGCCAGGUCUUCCUCGCUUGUCACGUAGCUGAGAUAUUGUUAAAAAUGACGCCGUUACCUUACAAAGUCGCUGAUAUAAGUCUCGCCGAUUUUGGCCGCAAAGAAAUAAACAUUGCAGAAAAUGAAAUGCCAGGACUCAUGUCGCUACGUAAGGUGUAUGGACCAUCAAAACCACUGAAAGGUGCAAGGAUAGCAGGGUGCCUGCACAUGACAAUUCAGACCGCAGUUUUAAUAGAAACAUUGAAAGAGUUGGGUGCAGAAGUACAGUGGUCGUCAUGCAAUAUUUUUUCAACACAAGAUCACGCUGCGGCAGCCAUUGCGGCAACUGGUGUUCCAGUUUUUGCCUGGAAAGGUGAAACAGAUGAUGAGUACAUGUGGUGCAUUGAGCAAACUUUGGUUUUUGCUGAUGGUCAACCAUUGAACAUGAUUUUAGAUGAUGGAGGUGAUCUUACAAACUUGGUACAUGAAAAAUUUUCUCAAUAUCUAGAUGGUAUCAAAGGAAUUUCUGAAGAGACAACAACAGGCGUUCACAAUCUUUAUAAAAUGAUGGAAAAGGGAACUCUUCACACUCCUGCUAUCAAUGUGAAUGACUCAGUCACAAAAAGCAAGUUUGACAAUUUGUAUGGUUGUAGGGAGUCCCUGGUUGAUGGAAUCAAACGAGCAACGGAUGUUAUGCUGGCAGGAAAAGUUGCAGUUGUUGCAGGAUAUGGUGAUGUCGGGAAAGGAAGUGCUUCUUCCCUUCGUGCUUUUGGUUGCAGAGUUAUAAUUACUGAAAUUGAUCCGAUCAAUGCAUUGCAGGCAGCAAUGGAAGGAUAUGAAGUCACAACUAUUCAAAAGGCUGCAUCUCGUGCCAACAUUAUUGUUACAACCACUGGUUGCAAAUCUAUUGUUACUAAAGAAAUAUUCGAAAGUUUGCCUAAUGAUGCAAUUGUUUGUAACAUUGGACAUUUUGAUUGUGAACUUGAUGUCGCAUGGCUCAAUGCAAAUGCAGUCGAAAAAAUAAAUGUCAAGCCACAAGUUGACAGGUAUAAACUGAAAAGCGGAAGACACAUCAUCUUACUUGCAGAAGGACGAUUGGUCAAUCUUGGAUGUGCUACAGGUCACCCUAGCUUUGUAAUGAGCAAUUCAUUUACUAAUCAAACUCUUGCACAAAUCGAAUUAUGGUCAAAUAAUCUUGACAACUGCAAAUAUGCAAAGGGAAAAGUUUACAUGUUGCCUAAACAUCUUGAUGAAAAAGUUGCAGCAUUACAUCUCGACCAUCUUGGUGUUGAGCUAACCAAAUUGACAGAAGAUCAGUCACAAUACCUUGGUCUUCCAGUUAAAGGGCCCUACAAGCCAGAUUAUUAUCGUUAUUAAUGUGUUAAAUGGUUGGUGUACAGUGAAUCUUGAAGGUCAGCUUAUAGUUCAAUUGCAAAAAGUGCUGGCAAACCGUAAAAUAUCAAACUAUUUUUGCAAGAUGGUUAUAUGUUUCUUCUCAAAUCAUAAAAUAUGUUACAUUUUUAGCACUUCACAAAUAUUCCAUUUGAUUAAGCUACAAUGUGUGUAUUUUCUGAUUUUUAUGUACACCAUGCUAAUGCACAACUAGAUAUUGUCUCAUGGAUGAGAUUGUACAAUUCAUGUAUAAAAGAAUUAUGUGUUAGUAUUUGUUUAUGGUGUUUGAGACUUUAAUAUAAUUAAAUCAUCAGAUUUGCAAAAUUUCGGAGCCUACUUGUUGGUAUAGGAUUGAUUGUAGUUUUAUAACUAAGAGCUUGAAUGUGUACACCGUGGAUAUCCUAA